UCUUCUUCUUCACCCUAAGCAUCCACUCUUGUAGACUUCAUGUGAGAAAUUGAGUGAUCGAGCUAGAGAUAAACAUAGUAAAGAUCUAAACAAGAGUUGAUUAAUUAUCACCAGGGGACGCAAAGUUUUUUACUGUUUUUAAGUCAUGGCGAAUCGGUGGUGGGGUGGGCAGAUGGGUCUACCUGGGCUCGACACGUCGGCAACCACAUCUUCUCCGAUGAAAAAACCAGAUCUGGGCAUAUCCAUGACCACCAACAACCACGAAACCCGCGGCGUCAGCGGAGGGGCUCAUCACGAAGAAGAAGACGAAAGAGACCACAGUGACGAUCCUAAAGAAGGCGCCAUCGAUGUAGCCACCCGGCGUCCUCGAGGCCGGCCGCCGGGCUCCAAAAACAAACCUAAACCUCCCAUUUUCGUCACCAGAGACAGCCCUAACGCCCUCCGAAGCCAUGUUUUGGAGAUCAACAGCGGCUCCGACGUAGCCGAAGCCCUGGCCCACUUCGCCAGAAGACGGCAGAGAGGAAUCUGCGUGCUUAGCGGCAGCGGCGCCGUCACAAACGUCACUCUCCGUCAGCCCUCUGCAACACCUUCUGCUGUAAUGGCUUUACAUGGCAGGUUUGAGAUUCUGUCCUUAACCGGUGCGUUUUUGCCUGGGCAAGUUCUGCCGGGGUCCAGCUCCGGUUUGACUAUAUACCUCGCUGGAGGACAGGGACAGGUUGUGGGCGGAAGCGUGGUCGGACAACUGGUGGCGUCAGGGAUGGUGAUGGUGAUUGCUGCAACUUUUUCUAAUGCGACUUAUGAGAGAUUGCCUUUGGAAGAGGAGGAGGAAUCUGGUGCGGGUGCAGCUCAGGGACAGGUUGGUGGAAGUGGCUCUCCCCCGGGGAUGGGUGGAAGUAGCGACGGUGGGCGCGGCGGACAUCACCAAGGUGGGAUAGGGGAAAGUGGAGGGUUGCCUGUUUAUAAUAAUUUGGCGCCAAACUUGGUGGGAAAUGGUGGACAGAUUAAUCAAGAAGCAUAUGGUUGGGCUCAUGGGAGAACGCCAUUUUAGGAGAAGA